AAAUAAUCAAAAAGAAAAAUUACUAGAUUACAAUUCUUUUAUUUUUUACUUAUUAUUAUUAUUAUAAUUAUUAUUGUAUUACAGCAUCAUCAUCGUUAUAUUUUUAUGGUAUCGUUUCCCCCAGCAAAUAUAAGUGUAUUAAUCUUUAUAAAAUGUUUUUUAAACAAACACGAAUGUUAGUCACAUGACCUAAUUUUUGACCAUAAUUUCUGAUUUAGCCAUAUACCAAGUUUGUGCUCUAUUACUCAUAAUAAGUUAAUCACCAGUAAUCACAUCAUUGAAUCUUUAUAACCUACACACCGAAUGCGUCAGCACCUCACGCAGAGAGAAAACAUGCUAGUGCACCUAUCAGCAGCACGCCGCCUGUGAGCGCGCUCUGGCUAUUGUCUGUGAGGAGCAGGGCGUGUGCCGCCGGAGCAGAAGAUGCGAGAGGCUCAGUGCAUGGAGCGGAAUGUAAUGAUGGCGUUGGACCAAGAAGUUCUGCUCUCCUGUUUUCAUAGGAUGGACAUACAUUUGCCGCAUUCAUGUGUAGGAUGCAUGUGAAUGUGCGUAUUUCAUUUCAUCCUUUCUCGCAUUUAUAUACAACAUAGCAGAAUAUUAAAGACGUAAAGGCUUUUUCAUAAAAAUGAUGAAGAGAAAUAGCCUAUCGCGCCCGCGAUCCAUGUCGAUUGGCAAGAAAUCAGAGGCGGUGAAGGUGGUGGUGCGUUGCCGCCCUUUAAACAAGAAGGAAGAGGCAGUGAAUCAAGAAAGAAUUGUUGAAGUAGAUGUCAAACUGGGACAGGUGAGCGUGCGUAAUCCCAAAUCAUCCGGAAGCCUCUUAAAAUCAUUCACGUUUGAUGCGGUCUAUGACGCGGGGUCGCAACAAAACGAGCUGUAUGACUAUGCAUGCAGACCUCUUAUUGACUCUGUUUUGCUCGGGUUCAACGGAACUAUAUUUGCUUAUGGGCAAACUGGCACUGGCAAAACAUAUACAAUGGAAGGUGUGCCCACAGACCCCGAGAGGCGGGGAGUCAUCCCAAAUUCAUUUCAGCACAUUUUCACUCACAUAUCCAGGUCUCAGAACCAGCAGUAUCUCGUGAGAGUGUCUUACAUUGAAAUAUAUCAAGAAGAGAUACGAGACCUCCUUUGCAAGGACAACAAUAAAAAACUGGAGCUCAAGGAAAAUCACGAGUUAGGGGUCUAUGUCAAAGGUCUCUCAUCUGUGGUGACUAAGAACAUAAAGGAGAUUGAGCAUGUCAUGAACUUGGGGAACCAAUCAAGAUCUGUCGGAUUUACCAAUAUGAACGAGCAUAGCUCGAGAUCUCAUGCGAUUUUUGUCAUAACUAUUGAAUGCAGUGAAAUGGGCAUCGAUGGCGAGGACCACAUUCGUGUUGGAAAGUUAAACAUGGUGGAUCUGGCUGGCAGUGAGCGGCAAAGCAAAACAGGCGUCCAGGGACAAAGGUUUAAAGAGGCUGCAAAGAUAAACUUGUCUCUUUCCGCUCUUGGAAAUGUUAUCUCAGCUUUAGUAGAUGGCAAGAGUACCCAUGUUCCCUAUCGGGAUUCCAAACUCACCCGGCUGUUACAGGACUCCCUUGGAGGCAACUCUAAAACUGUUAUGGUGGCCACCAUUGGACCAGCUGCGUGCCACUAUGAUGAGACGCUCACCACACUGAGGUACAGCAACAGAGCGAAGAACAUCAGGAACAAGCCAAAGAUCAAUGAGGACCCCAAAGACGCCCUGCUUCGUGAGUUCCAAGAGGAAAUAGCCCGGCUGAAGGCACAGCUCGAGGAACGAGGUAUGCUGGCCAAAGAAAGGAGGAGACGGAGGAGAAACAGUAUGAGGAUGAAGAGGAGUAUGAGUAGUGGUGAGGUGGAAACUCAGAGAGAUGGAGAGGUGGGGGUCGUUGAGACCGUCCAGGAGGAGAGUGUGGAGGACUAUUGGUGGAAGCAGCAGAUGGCCAAGACCUCUGCCAAUUACAAGCCUGAUAUUAGCAGGAAAUAUGGCACCGUAGACGAGAAAGCAAAGACUGUGGAAGAGUUGCUGAAGGAGCAACAAGCUAUGGAAGUUAUGAUUGAAAAAUACAAGGCCAUGGAAAGUAAGCUUCUGGUUGGGGGGAAAAACAUCAUUGACCACACCAAUGAACAGCAGAGAAUGCUGGAACUGAAGAGACAGGAGAUUGCCGAGCAGGAUAGAAUGGAAAGAGAGAUGCAGCAGCUGAUGUUUGAACAAGAUGAAGAGACAAUUGAACUGAAAGAGACGUUCACCACUCUACAGCAAGAGGUGGAAUUUAAGACCAAGAAACUUAAAAAGUUUUACAGUAAGCUGCAGCUGGUGAGGUCUGAGAUUGGAGAUAUCAUCAAUGAACAUGUCACAAUGAGGCAGGAACUGGAGCAGACAAUGAAUGAGCUGACAAGAGAGAUGAAAUUCAAAAACCUGAUCAUUGAGAACUUCAUUCCUCCAGAGGAAAAGAAUAAGAUCAUAAAUCGUCUCCACUUUGAUAGCGAAGAAGACCAGUGGAAAGUCUUACCUCUUCUCCCUUCAGAAAAUAACUCCCCUCUCGUCCGACGAAGGCCAACUUCUGUAGUGGGAUGCAAGAGACCAGUUAGUCAGUAUGCUCAAGCUGCCGUGGCAACCGGGUCUCCUUCUAGAUACAGGGCUGAGAACAUUAUGCUUCUGGAACUGGACAUUUCUCCACCCACCAUGGUGCCCUUGGAUCUUCAGAGGUCAGAUAUAAGGACCCAAGACUUGAUACAUGACUUUGUCCUUUAUAGAAAGAGGACGACUGCAUCCCGGGUCAUGAAAGCCAGAUCGUGGUACCAAGGGCCAAGUCAAUCUGCUUCUUCAUCAGCCAGCUCUAUGGCCUCUGGGCCACAAUGCCCAGCCUCAGCAAUGGGGGCUUGUGCGGCAGCCUACCAGCCAUGAGCCUGUACAGCGUGUUAUGCCUGCAAGCAUAGAAAGCACUUAAUUAUUCUUUGCACUCUUUUCAUAAGCUUUAAACAAUGCCAUUUGUCUUUUUCAUCUUCUUGAUUUUUAAGCAUCCAAGCUUAGUCAUUUUAAGCACAAUUGUCUCCUGUAUACUUGAAAAAGCUAGUGUAUUCUGUUUAAGCUUGUGAUGUCAUUCUUGAACAGCAACGCAAACAAUAAAUGGAUCAUGAAGAAACAAUCUCUCAAUAUUUACCACAUAACAAGUUUAGAUUAGAUGUAGCUGAGGUUUAUUCACAUGAAGGCUUGUAGAAAUAAGUAGAAAUACAAUCCUGAACUGUACAAUUUGAAUUGACUUCAUACAAACAGCAUCGGAAACAGCCAGUUUAGCUUCAGAGGUCUGGGAGGUUGAUCAUAAAUUUGGAUUAGGCCAAGGGGCAAGCAUUAAUCUUUCGUGCACAUACAUAUACUAAUAUAUUAUAAAGUCAACAUGAAAUCAAAACUGUCCUUAUUUACUUUCAUGAUGCAUGUUCUUAUAGUGGAUGCAUGUUAUGCCACACAAAAUAGCUUAGCUUUGCUAUCUUUUAUCCAGAUGAAUAACUUUAUAAUAAAUAAUUGAUGCCACUUAGGCUGCUUGGGCUAUUGGGUAAUAUUAACUAGGUAGCUACUAAUAAACUGUUUUUAGCAAGCAUGCAUAUUCCUACUGUUAUGUACAUUUUUACAUUCAAAUCGAUUCCUGGUAGAUAAAACCAACUCCUGCCCUUUAUUUUGAUCACUGAAUAUCCUGUGGAUACCCUUAAUGCAGAAAAAUGUCACAUUACCAAUGUCACAUUCCAUAUGCAACUCAUGACAACGUUAAAGGGAUACUCCACCCAAAAAUGAAAAUUUUGUCAUUAAUCACUUACC